CUCACCGAAACUGAUGCUUCCGGUCUACUGUCUAAAUGGCUCAAACUAAUACACACCAUCUGUAGGCUACUCUUCCUCUCGAAGGUCUCCUCCGUCGCCAGGUCGGUAUCGCAGUUAGAUAGCCUCCUGCCUGCCUGUUUCGAUUUUCGACUAACGAGCGCNNAGGCCUGUAUUCGCGCAAACAGCAUUCGCCGUGCGCUGGACCGCCUCUCCCCCCUGCAGAGGUUGGCCAAGACGCUGGAUGACUCGACUGACUACCUGAUCAUACCACAGUGCUGUCGCCUGGCCUGGCGCAACACUCUCGCCGGCUGUUGGUCAGCGGCCUUUGACCUUGAUGGACUGGCCAAUAGAUGCGUGGUUGAAUUGUCUGCCGACGCACGCCAAGGUCAAAUCGAGAAGGGUCUGACUCAGGGCUUAUCCGCAUUGUGUGAGCUAGUGCUUUCUUAA